ACAUAAAAUACUCACACAAUUUAACUUAAUCAAGUUACACCAUAGAGACAACGAAGUUAGAAAAAAGAAAUGGAGGACGAUAGAAUUCUAGAGAGAGAAAGGUAUCAAAUGGAGCAAAUACGAGAGCUCGAAUCUGAGGAAUUACAAGUUGAAGAAGUCGAUGAAGAAUCAUCAGAUGAAGAUGAAACAACUUAUCGUAGUUCGGGGGGAGCAUCUGCAUCUGGUGAAUUUACUUAUGACACCUCUUUGGCUGCCUUACAUUCUUACCUUGGUGAUGUCGAGGAUACUCAUAACAGGCUGGCCUUCUUGGAUGGCGGAGCUGUCUUAACUGUUCCUCUGUUCUAUCUUGAAGGAGUUGUUUUAUUUCCCGAGGCCACACUUCCUCUGCGAGUCAUUCAGCCUAAUUUUAUAGCUUCUGUUGACAGAGCACUGAGGCAAGUUGAUGCUCCUUACACAAUUGGAGUGAUUCGAGUUUACAGGGAUCCAAAUAAUGGAAGGAUAAAACUUGCAACCACCGGUACAACCGCUGAGAUUAGGCAAUACCGGCACUUAGAGGAUGGUUCGGUGAAUAUUGUAACUCGUGGGCAACAGCGUUUUCGUCUGAGGCGCCGCUGGAUGGAUGUGGAGGGAUCACCUUGUGGGGAGAUACAAAUCAUCAAAGAAGAUUUUCCAUUGAGAACACCCAGGGAGGCUGUUGGAAGAUUGACGCCAUUAAGUAUCUUCCGAUCUGGUGUACAUAUUCAAAUACCACCGAUAAAUCGCUCUCGAGUUGACCAAUAUGGCUUUGGCAAUGAAAAUGAUUCGGAUGCAAUGUCAGAGGAAAGUUUUGAGAGUGAACUCUCACCCACAGAAAGGAGGUUGCACCAGUCUGCUCUUGUUUCUUGUGAUAUGCUCGAGGAUUCGACGAGCAGCGACGAUGAGAAUAUUGAGCAGCAGUCUCGUAUCAAACCUGCGAGAUCUCCUUUUGAUAAUUUUAGAAGGUCAUUCGGCACGGGGAAAAACCGAGAGGCUGAUGGUGUGAGGCUCGCUUUAGGAAAAUUGUCUAUGCCAACCCACAACACAUGGAAAAAGCAUUCUUUAAACCAGUUCCGUGAAGUUCCAAGGGCCUUCUGGCCCAGUUGGGUGUACCAGAUGUACGAUUCAUACUCUCUUGCUCAAAGGGCAGCAGGUCGAUGGAAACAGAUAGUUAGGGCACCAAGCAUGGACAGUUACGUUACGAAGCCGGGUCUUCUUUCAUUUCAUAUUGCAAGUAAGAUGCCCGUGUCUGAAUCAACAAGGCAAGAGCUUUUGGAGAUCGAUGGAAUUUCCUAUAGAUUGAGACGUGAAAUUGAAUUGCUUGAGAGUUUUGACUGUGUGAGAUGUAGAACUUGUGAGACUCUAAUUGCCAGACGGAGCGAUAUGUUGGUGAUGUCUAGUGAGGGUCCUCUCGGUGCUUACGUCAAUCCACAUGGUUUUGUACAUGAGAUAAUGACACUAUUUAAAGCAAACGGGUUGGCUGUUAUUGGAAAUCCUGUUGAAGAAUACAGCUGGUUUCCUGGGUAUGCCUGGUCAAUUGCUGAAUGUGCUACUUGUCAAACUCAAUUGGGAUGGCUUUUUACCGCUACAAAGAAGAAACUUAAACCCAGAUCAUUUUGGGGCAUUCGGAGUUCCCAAGUUGCUGAUGAUUCGCGUUGAAGUUAUUAUGUUUUGUUUACUUGUAGUUAUUCCGUUGGCUGGUCUUGUAAAUUUGAAAGUUAACUUCCAUGUUAGAGCUUUUGUACUUCGAUAAUAGCUCUUUCAUAGCUAAUCUGAGAUGUAAUAUUUCAAUUUUUUUACAAAUAAAAGCCUUUGUUUGGCUAAAAGUUACUUUGA